CAAGAAUAUGUCUCAUAUCACUAUCUCUAAUGUUGUGAUCGCUGGUGGCACCGGACGUCUCGGUCCUUCAACCAUCAAGCACCUCCUCAAAAACGGCCUCAAAGUCAGCGUGCUUACUCGCGAUCCAACUUCGGCAAAUCUCCCACCAGAUGUCGAUGUCAUCGGAGCAGAUUACACAUCAGCCGAGACUUUAACACCAAGCCUUAUAGGUCGCGGGUUUGAUGCCAUCGUCAUCAUACUCAACCGCCUCGCCUACGAUGCAUCAGUGGUUACGAUGCAAGCAGCCGUCAACGCUGGCAUCUAUCGAGCCAUUCCUUCAUUCUUUGGUGUUUCUCUUGAUAAUCCCGAGAUAGCCAACAUGCCAUUCAUGAAGACCAAGCUACCCGUCCUGAACGACGUGUUGGCAAAGGCUGAGAAGGGUGAGAUUACGUACACGGGCAUCAAUACUGGCAUGUUUCUGGAUUGGGUGCUUGAUGAAGAUAUCUUUGUUGGUCUCUCUGGCAAAGCACCAACUCGUGUUGCGGACGGUGGAGACAUCCCAAUGUCUGCAACGGCGCUCGAUGAUAUUGGCAAGGCCAUUUCUUCUGUCCUCUCGAAACCUGAAGAGACCGUUAACAAGCUUUAUUACAUACACACUGUGGUUAUGACACAGAAUCAGGUGCUGGGAUAUGCUCAUGAAGCUGCUCCAGGCGCGGAGUUUGCUGUUGAACAAGUUGAUACAAAGGUGCUUGCCGAAGCUGCGUGGAAGCGGUACAACGAAGGAAUCAGAGACCGGGUUUCCGUGAGGGACUUUGUCAUUAGGGCGAGUUAUGGUAUGGGGAAUGGAUUCUUUGUAAAGACUGACAAUGAAUUUAUGGGGAUUAGACAGUGGAGCGAUGAGGAACUGAAGGAGGAGAUAUUCAAGCGCGUGAAGGCCAAUCCACCUGUUAGUCUCAAGGUUCCAGAAGGGUAACUUCGUGUGAGGCUCAGGGAGUCAAAGCUCAC